GACAUGCAGUGGGCUAGUAAAGCACACGCUCAGCCCGCGUCCAUCUGCAGUCUGCCGUGUAAGCCCGGGGAGAGGAAGAAAACGGUGAAGGGGGUCCCCUGCUGCUGGCACUGCGAGCGCUGCGAAGGUUACAACUACCAGGUGGAUGAGCUCUCCUGUGAACUUUGCCCUUUGGAUCAGAGACCCAACAUCAACCGCACCGGCUGCCAGCGCAUCCCCAUCAUCAAACUCGAGUGGCAUUCUCCCUGGGCCGUGGUGCCCGUGUUCGUGGCGAUCUUGGGAAUCAUGGCCACCACCUUUGUGAUCGUGACCUUUGUCCGCUAUAACGACACACCUAUUGUGAGGGCUUCAGGACGAGAGCUCAGCUACGUGCUGCUCACGGGCAUUUUCCUCUGUUACUCCAUCACCUUUUUAAUGAUUGCGGCGCCCGAUACAAUCAUAUGCUCCUUCCGACGGAUCUUCCUAGGACUCGGCAUGUGUUUCAGCUAUGCAGCCCUUCUUACCAAAACAAACCGAAUCCACCGGAUAUUUGAGCAGGGCAAGAAAUCCGUCACGGCACCCAAGUUUAUUAGCCCAGCGUCCCAGCUGGUGAUCACCUUCAGCCUCAUCUCCGUCCAGCUCCUGGGAGUGUGUGUCUGGUUCGUGGUGGACCCCCCACACAUCAUCAUUGACUAUGGGGAGCAGCGGACUCUAGACCCAGAGAAGGCCAGGGGAGUGCUCAAGUGUGACAUUUCGGACCUCUCGCUCAUUUGUUCCCUGGGAUACAGUAUCCUCUUGAUGGUCACUUGUACUGUUUAUGCCAUUAAAACAAGAGGCGUUCCAGAGACGUUCAAUGAAGCCAAACCAAUUGGAUUUACCAUGUACACCACCUGCAUCAUUUGGUUAGCCUUCAUCCCCAUCUUUUUUGGUACAGCCCAGUCAGCAGAAAAGAUGUAUAUCCAGACAACAACACUUACUGUCUCCAUGAGUUUAAGUGCUUCGGUGUCUCUGGGCAUGCUCUAUAUGCCCAAGGUUUAUAUUAUAAUUUUUCAUCCAGAGCAGAACGUUCAAAAACGCAAGAGGAGCUUCAAGGCUGUGGUGACAGCGGCCACCAUGCAAAGCAAACUGAUCCAAAAAGGAAAUGACAGACCAAAUGGCGAGGUGAAAAGUGAACUCUGUGAGAGUCUUGAAACCAACACUUCCUCUACCAAGACAACAUAUAUCAGCUAUAGCAAUCAUUCAAUCUGAAACAGGGAAAUGAGACAACAUGAAGAAAUUUGUAUGUGAUCUUAAACAAUGGACACGACACCACCAAAACGCACUCCUGAAGACCUCUGUAGACUACACUCAACCCAAUCAAUAGUCAAUCUUAUAAGGAAGAAAAAAGUAGCCAUGAGCCAAAAGUAUCAAUAACAGAGUGAAGAAACCCAUUUUAUACAAUACAACCAAUGAGUGUCAAGCUAAAGUAUUGCUUACUCAUGAGCAGUUAAAAAAUUUUAAAAAUCACAAAAGGAAAACUAAUGUUAGUUUGUGAAAAAAAAAUGCUGUUGAAAUAAACCAUGUCUGAUGUUAUUCUUGUAAGUAUUUUUCUGUGAUUGUGAGAAUUCCCGUUCCUGUCCCACAUUGUUCAACUUGUAUAAGACAAUGAAUCUGUUUCUUGUAAUGGCUGACCGGAUUGAAGCCCUGGGUUGUGCUAAAAAUAAAUGCAAUGGUUGACGCAUGCGAUUUUUAUACAAAUAAUUUAUUUCUAAUAAUAAAGGAAUGUUUUGCAAAUGUU